UGCCACGUGUGGGUGGGCGACAGACGGGGUCUGGCAGGUCCCAGCCACCCCCUCCCAACCGCUCCGGGCCCCCCAAAGACUUCCAGGCUUCCCCCGAUCCCCAGGGCCAGCACCAGAGCCCCCCCCCGUGGCUUUGGGGACGGGGCAAGGCGUGCGCUGAGGCCCUGUGCCACCAGGCUUUGCCCCCCCCAGACCCCUCUGCGCCCCCGUGGCCCCUACUCGGAGAGCAGAGGUGCCCAGGCAGGUGUCCGUGCUGCUGCUGUGGAGCGAGCCCCAUUGCCCCCCCCCCGUCUGACUGUCCUGGCUCUGUCUGUCUGUCUGUCCGCCCCAGGCUGCCUGUUUGACCGGAGGCUGUGCGCCCCCCAGGAGGUGUGUGUGCAGGAUGGGCUGUUCGGGCAGUGCCAGGUGGGCUCGGCGCAGGACAGGCCCUACUUCCAGGUCACCUCCCCGGUGCUCCAGCGCCUGCAGGAUGUCUUGCGGCACCUCAUGGCACAAGGGCUCUCGUGGCAGGACGGCGUCACCCAGUAUGUGAUCUCGCAGGAGAUGGAGCGCAUCCCCCGCCUCCGCCCGCCGCCCUCGCUGGAGCCCGCGGCCAGGGACAGGUUCCUGCCCCUGCGUGGCUCCCCCCGGCGAGCCCUGCUGCCCCCGGACCCCGGCGUGCCCCCGGCCCCGCACGUGGGGCAGCCCCCGGCGCUGCUGCCCACCGCCCUGCUGCAGCGCUACCUGGAGCACCUCCUGCUGCCCCCGCCGCCCCAGCUGGGCUACGAGGAGGCCCUGCUGCACCCCUACUCCUACCACAAGUUUGGCUACCAGGACGGCGCUCACCAGCUCCCCGGCAGCACGGCCAGGCAGAGCCCCGAAACCGCCUCGCUGCUGGGCCGGGUCCCUGCCCAGGCCCUUUUUGGGGCCGGCCCCGUGCCCUCCUACGGCGGGCAGCCCGGGGCGGACGGGGGGCAUCUCUUCCAGGACCUGGCCAUGCUCUCCCUGCCCCGGGAGAAGAACGGCCGCACGGACCCCGCCGGCACCCGGCUCCCGCACGGCUUGCGGCUCCCCGGAGACUUCAGGGACGUGGAGGAGCGGGAGCAGCCGGCGCCCCUGGCCGCCCAGCCACCCCCUGCGCAGACAGAUGCCUCCCUGAAGAGGCUGGCCUCCCUCCUGGCCAGCUACGGGCUGGGGCUGCCCGAGCUGAGCCCCCAGCAGCUGAGCAGCCUCUCCGCCCUGCUCCAGCUGCUCCAGAGCUCUGGUGCUGCCAGCCCCGAAGCGCCCACAGCAAAACGUGUCAGCGUGCAGCAGGGCGCUGCCGUGCCCCAGGUGACAGAAGGGGACAUGCAGCACGGAGAGGAGCCGGUGCCCCCUUCCUCCACGGCACCACCCCUCAAAACCACAGCCAGCAGCUCCCCCGCGGAUGUGCCCAGGGGCCGGGGAGGCUACUCGCCAGCCCCCCCAGCAGAGCCGCAGCGGGGACACGGGGGGGACACGCUCGGCCCCGGGACGCUGAUGGCGGUGGAGAAGAAGAGCUACACGGAGGCGAAGGACGGCGGUGGGGCGCAGCGUGGCACGCGGCCGCCGGAUGAGUACGGCUACAUCGUCACGGACCAGAAGCCGCUGGGGCUGGCCGCUGGCGUGCGGCUGCUGGAGCUCCUCGCCAAGCGCGUGCACCUCUCCACAGCCAGCUUCAUCAACAUCAGUGUCGUGGGUCCUGCGCUCACCUUCCGCGUCCGGCAGAAUGCCCAGAACCUCUCGCUGGCCGACGUGGCCAGCCGGGCGGAGCAAAUGAAGGCAGAGCUGGAGGCAGAGCUGGGCCUGAAGAUCGUGCAGACGGGAGUGGGAGAGCGAAACGAGGCGGCUGCCUACCCGCACCCCUCCCGCUUCGGGGACGGCUUCCACUCGGUGCUGCUGACCUUCAUUGCCCUGGCCUGCGUGGCCGGCGUCUCCAUCGCGGCCGCCGCGGCCUUCUGCCUCCGGCAGCACGCCAAGCAGCGGGAGAAGGAGCGCCUGGCCGCCCUGGGGCCCGAGGGUGCCGCCGACAGCACCCUCGAGUACCAGGAGCUGUGCCGCCAGCACAUGGCCACCAAGUCGCUGUUCGGCCGCGCCGAGGCCCCCGCAGCGCCGGCGGAGACGUCGCGGGUGAGCAGCGUGUCGUCGCAGUUCAGCGACGCCCCGCAGCCCAGCCCCAGCUCGCACAGCAGCACGCCGUCCUGGUGCGAGGAGCCCGUCCAGUCCAACAUGGACAUCUCCACCGGGCACAUGAUCCUGGCCUACAUGGAGGACCACCUCCGCAACCGGGACCGGCUGGCCAAGGAGUGGCAGGCUCUGUGCGCCUACCAGGCCGAGCCCAGCGUCUGCUCCGUGGCCCAGAGCGAAGCCAACCUGAAGAAGAACCGCAACCCGGACUACGUGCCCUAUGACCACGUGCGGAUCAAGCUGAAAGCCGAGAGCAACCCGUCCCGCAGUGACUUCAUCAAUGCCAGCCCCAUCAUCGAGCACGACCCGCGGAUGCCAGCGUACAUCGCCACGCAGGGACCACUCUCCCACACCAUCGCCGACUUCUGGCAGAUGGUGUGGGAGCACGGCUGCACCGUCAUCGUCAUGCUGAGCCCCCUGGCCGAGGACAGCGUGAAGCAGUGUGACCGCUACUGGCCGGACGAAGGCUCCUCCCUGUACCACAUCUACGAGGUGAACCUGGUGUCGGAGCACAUCUGGUGCGAGGACUUCCUGGUGCGCAGCUUCUACCUGAAGAACGUGCAGUCGCAGGAGACCCGCACCCUGACGCAGUUCCACUUCCUCAGCUGGCCGGCCGAGGGCAUCCCCGCCACCACCCGGCCCCUCCUCGACUUCCGCAGGAAGGUGAACAAGUGCUACCGGGGCCGCUCCUGCCCGAUCAUCGUGCACUGCAGUGAUGGUGCGGGCAGGACUGGGACCUACAUCCUCGUGGACAUGGUCCUGAACCGCAUGGCCAAAGGGGUGAAGGAGAUCGACAUCGCCGCCACGCUGGAGCACAUCCGCGACCAGCGGCCCGGCAUGGUGCAGACCAAGGACCAGUUUGAGUUCGCGCUGACCGCGGUGGCCGAGGAGGUGAACGCCAUCCUGAAGGCACUGCCGCAGUGAUGGCAAGGAGCCCCCCUUCCCUCUCGUCUCCUCCUCUGCCCCCCCCUGCCCC